AUGCGCUACGCCUGCGCCGUCGCCCCGCCCCGUGACGUCAUGACGCCCGCGCCGCCGUCGUCGCCGCUGUGGCUCGAGUCUUCCCUAGUAACUGAGGCUGUAGCUGGUGAGUGGCCUCUAGGUGUCCGGAGGUUCGCGCGGGUCCACGUGCAAGAGGCGCUCAUUCAAGGAUUUCUAGGGGCGCCAGGGACCGGAUACCCUCGGCUGACUCGUCCCAUUACAGUCGGGCCUGACCUUACGGCUAGGGGCGGGACUUACGGCGUUGAACAAAUCUCACGAGAGGAUAUUCAACAAGGAUUGUCUUUAGUCAUGGCCUUGGGAUUAAAAUGCUUCCGCUUGAUCCACCCGGCCUCUUGCAAUUACCGUGGAGUCUUGAUCAGACCUGUUUCAGAAAUUGCACUGAAGACAGUGAGUGGGAAACAGCCUGACCAUAGUCAGCACAUGGCUUAUCAGGCUGUACCAGUUCGCCAUUUUGCAACCAAGAAAACGAAAGCCAAAGGGAAAGGACAGUCCCAAGCCAGAGUGAACAUUAACACAGCUUUGGUUGAAGAUAUAAUCAACUUGGAAAAAGUGGAUGAAGAAAUGAAGUCUGUGAUAGAACUACUCAAGGAUAAUUUCAAUAAGACUCUCAAUAUAAGGACUUCACCAGGAUCCCUUGAUCAUAUUACUGUGGUAACUGCUGAUGGAAAGCUUGCUUUAAACCAGAUUAGCCAGAUCUCCAUGAAGUCACCACAGCUGAUUUUGGUGAAUAUGGCCAGUUUCCCAGAGUGUACAGCUGCAGCUAUCAAAGCUAUAAGAGAAAGUGGAAUGAAUCUGAACCCAGAAGUGGAAGGGACGCUAAUUCGGGUACCCAUUCCUAAAGUAACCAGGGAGCACAGGGAGAUGCUGGUGAAAUUGGCCAAACAAAAUACCAACAAGGCCAAAGACUCUUUACGGAGAGUUCGUGCUGAUGCAAUGAAUAAGCUGAAGAAAUCAAAGGACAAGACUUCAGAGGAUACCAUCAGACUCAUAGAGAAGCAGAUCAGCCAGAUGGCCGAUGACACCAUGGUAGAACUGGACAGGUAUCUGGCGGUGAAGACCAAAGAACUCCUUGGAUGAAAGUCCAGCAGGCCCAGCCACACUCCAGACAGAGCCCGUGUUCUGAUGGAUUCCCCAGGUGGCACACUGGUCCCGUCUGUUACCUGUUCGUGUGGAAGGCUGGCACAGUGUUGUCAGUCCACAGAGGCCCAGCAUGACAGCGGGACACUCAGACUUGUCUUUUGCUUCCUCCUUCCCUAUGUCCUUCAUUCUGCUCUGCGCCUUUUCAGUGAGCAUCUGCUGAUCUUCAGUCAGGCAUUUGCCUCAGCAGUGAUGUCGCCAAGGGAUUGGGACCUACUCAUCAUUUCAGGUAUCUCCUCUUCAGACAGUGAGUCAGGACCUGUCCCUGAUUUUAAACUCUGCUCAGAAUUUCACGCAUAAAACUGCUUUGCUAGAGACUCAUUUUCACCAAAGGUUAAAAUCUAAAUAAAUGGGAAAGAAUAACAACCACAAAGCUGAAAAGAACAGAGUUGGCCUGGAUGGAUGAUCUCUAAGAACCUGUGCUUUUGUCUCUGGGCCAUCUGCCUAGAUCACUCUUUCACUCCUCACUCCUUUUCAUCUCAGUGUCACAUCCUUGGGAAGUCUUCUCCCCACCCCAACCUAGAACCCAUGAUUGACUCUCAUAGCUCAAUCUGCUUCUUUUAUUUGAACACUGAUUAUUCUUGUUUGCUAAUUAUCCUAUAUCUCAGCGUAAUACCUAGAACGCGUAGGUAUUCCUAUAUUUGUGUUGGGAAUAAAUUACAUGUAGUAGCUGCUCUACAAAUGCUUUUUUCUUCUCUUUCUGUUAUUAACACUAUCUUUCUGUCACUUUCUAUUCUUAUUGUUGUCCUUGAUAAUGUGCUUACUUGAUAAUGAGAUACCGUUUCCUAGGACCUGCCUGUCAACAGAUAAGUGGUUAAUUAUGGUCCAUCUUUGUGUGCUUGGUUAAGUUAGAUUUUUCUCCCAGUUAUUCAUUCAUUCAUUCACUCAUUCAUUCAUUCAUUCAUUCAUUCAUCAUAAAGUCAUCAUAAGCUAGAUUCGGUUUUAGGCAUUACUGAUAAUCUACACAGUAAAUUUGACAGAUGUAUAUUACUGCUAUUUACAAAUAGGAAAACUGAGACUUGACAGUGUUAGGUAGAUAAUCUUUCCAAAGUAACAAAGCUGGAAAGUGGUAGAGGGCUUUCAUUAUUCAUUGUCAGUUUCAUGUUACAAAGAAGUGAGGCUUCCUCCUUGGGAUAAUACAACUAGCAAGUAGCAAGGCUAAGAUUCAGAUUGAGACCUGAUUCAAAAGCUCACUAAUGUCAGAGGAGAAAAAAAAAUUUUUUUUCGGACUAUACAUUCACACUUAACACAGAAUUCUUUUGUGACCGGAGAUGUGAGAAUUUUCCCCACACACCAAGCACUUCUCCAGUGAAUACCAACUGGGUAUCUUACAUAGUAAUUUAAUUCCGAUGUUAUCUACCUGGAAGUAGUGUUGAUCCUAUAGGUUGUGGGCUCAGCCCCACAGAACUGCUUCCACUUUUGAUACCAACUAUGACUCUAGCCCACUUAUAUUUCUGAAUGACCAUCUACAAACUGAGUUUGACUCAGUUUGCUAGGACAGCUCACAGAACUCAGGGAAACAUGUUUACUGAACCAGUGUUUUAUAUAAGAUACAGAUAAAGAGGUACUUAGAGUCAGGUAAUGGGGGAAGCAUUGCACUCAGCUUGUGUGGCCCCCUUCAGCAUACCAUCUUCCCAAAACCUCAUGUGUUCAGGAACCCUGAAGGAUCUGCCACUUUGAUAAACAUUUAAUAAACACCAGUCAUUUGUCAGUUAUUGUACUAUGGCCUGGGAAUACAAAAAUGGGUGCAAUGUAGCCCCUGUCUUUGAACAGUGCCUAGUACACUGAACUAGAUUGCUAUCGAUAGCAUCUUGAGUGAAAAGAUACGUGCUGGUUCUCCUGGGUGUCUGCCUUCAGAGCGGAACUGCUUUGGCCACAGCAGAAACUGGCUGAGUUCCUUUGAAGUAGCAUCUGUCUUCAGCUUGCUAUUUUAGUCCCUCCAGUCUUUGUUCUGGGCUCAAGGUAAAAAAGGUUGUACUCCUUCCUCUGCUUAUCCUGGGGUGAAAAUUGGAACUAGCUAGUGAAAAUUUAGGUCAGGAUUAGGUCAGAAGUGAAAGGAGCUAACGUAGUUCCAUGCCUGGUUUAUCUGUUUUCCCCAGCCCUUCGUGGCCAUCUUGCCAUCUAUCGGAAGUCAGCCAGGAAAACAGAGCUAGGGAGAGCAAUGAAGGAGCCCCUUUUGGAGCAAGCCACAUGGCUUUGCCACAGUCUUUUGUGAAUGACUGAAGUCCCCUACUCACUGCAAAUGUUCUUCUCAAAGAACAUUUUUUUUAAUAAACAGAGGAAAUGAUAAAUUAUGUUGUAAUUCCACUCCAAAGGCAUUUGUUCUUAACAGCCAAAUCCUCUGUAGUCUUUAAAUAAACAAAAAUUUACUUGGUGAACAGACGAGGGGGAAAAUGAAAGAUUUUCUGUACUUGGGUUCCACAUGUCAACAAUUUCUCUCCUGUGUGUAUGUUGGCCAAAGCCGUAUAUCAUGAUAAAUGAAUAAAGGAAAACCUCGAGCCCAGGGCAGUCAGGCGGCUCAGCAAAUGGCUUUCAGCUGAUUGCUCUAUUUCAGUUGACAUUUAUCAAAGAGUUUCUCUGUUGCUCUGCAUGUCAAGGCUGCAGUGGUGGCAGGGACGAACAGACUACCUCUUUGGAUAAGCUGAAUAACACAGAUGCUGGAGUAAUUCAUCCCCUUCUCCUUCCCCGGUCUCCUUCAUAAGGGAACACUGGGCAUGGAAAUUCACUUGCCAGAAGAAUUAACAACCUGCUCUUUCUGUUUAGCAGCUUUCAAAAUCCUAUCAAGAAUGUGGGCAAAAGACUUUGUUUUCUUUUUAUUUUUCUGAUAUGCAUGUAUUGGAAAUUAUAAAAUAAACAAAUAUAAAAAGUUAAAACUCAAA